AUGCAUCUGACAGCACGGCUCGGGUGCGGGUAUACAAACGGAGUAGUCGCUCCAAGUGUCUGGAGAACCUUCGUCUCAAAAGGACUGCUUCAGACGCCAGUGGAUAUCUUACCGCCGAGUCAAGACCCGUGGUAUACCACACCUCACAAUUUCGAGGCUGCUGCUCCAGGUGCCAUUCUCAGGCUUCGAGCUGCUAGAGGAAACCUCACGAGCAUAACCACAAACUCAAGCGAAGCCUACCAAAUCCUCUACCGCACCACAGACAGCCAAUAUCGACCCACAUGGGCAGUCACAACACUCUUCACACCCAAGUGCGCAAACCAGACUUCAGCCACUAACAAGCUGCUUUCAUACCAAGUCCCAUAUGACUCUGCCGACGUCGAUGCUAGCCCAUCAUAUGCUCAGUAUGGCGCUGCUUUGCCAGAUGUGACGAAGGCAUUGGGGCAAGGCUGGUUCGUCAAUGUUCCAGACUACGAAGGCCCGAACGCCAGCUUUACUGCAGGCGUUCAAUCUGGCCACGCCACGCUCGACUCCAUCCGAGCAGUCCUGAACUCAGGCUUUGGCCUUGAUACAAAUGGUACCCGAUACGCAAUGUGGGGAUAUUCAGGCGGUGCGCUUGCCAGUGAAUGGGCAGCAGAACUCCAAGUUCAAUACGCACAGGACCUGAGCUUCGCAGGUGCAGCUUUGGGUGGCCUUACACCGAACGUGACCAGCGUGCUUGCGGCUACCAACGGAGGCAUCGCAGCAGGGCUGAUCCCAGCUGGGAUUCUGGGUCUCGCAAGCCAAUACCCAGAACUGCUCCAAUACCUUAAAGAGAAUCUGAACACGGAAGGAGAAUACAACGCGACCGGCUUCCUCAUGGCCUUCAACCAAACCCUAACAGAAUCAAUCGGAGCCUUCGCCUUCCACAACAUCUCGGACUAUUUCAAGAACGGAGACCAAUCCCUCAGUAACCCUCUCUCGCAACGCAUCAUCAACCGUGAUGGAAUUAUGGGCUACCAUGGCGUCCCACAAAUGCCAGUCUUCGCAUAUAAGGCCAUCAAGGACGAUAUCAGCCCGGUCAACGACACCGAUGCUCUGGUUGAGAGAUACUGCAAUAUUGGCGCUACGAUCAAAUAUGAUCGCAACACUGUUGGAGGGCACACGGAUGAGACGACGAAUGGUGAUGCGAGGGCUUUCGCUUUCUUGGAACAAGUGCUAGGAGGAACUUGGAAUCAGACGGGUUGUCAGAUUGAGAAUGUGACUGUUAAUAUUACGGACACUGGAAUAUAACGAUAUGCAGUACGACAUUUAGACAUCUACGACCUUAUGAUGUAAUGCAAAAGUAUACAGGCGAAAUGAACAGGGGUUGUGAAAGACCUUGCAUUGCGAUUUUG